UUUGUCGUCCGUUGUCUCAAGACUAAGUCUCAAAGACAAUUGGUUUUGGAUUUAAAUGCAAUUCUGUAUACGGCGGAGAAUUUAUUGUUCGAUCCUAAACAAAUAUUUUGUGGACCUAUUAACAAAGUCAGGUCAUUAAUUGCCUUGGAAUAAAGUAUUCGCAUUGUCCGUUGGAGUCUUAACUAUUAAACUGAGGGAUAUUUUGAUAGCAAAUGUAAUAUGAGUGAGGAAGAACCCCAAUUAGAAGGACUGGAAACAGCACCAGGUGACCUUGAAUUUCAUCAAAACAUCGGCAGUGAUUCUGACUUGGAUGGAGCUUUAGAAGAAGACGAAGAAGAUAUAGCAGCAAAACUGUGUCUGACAGCCAGAAAAAUGGACGAAAUGCUAGACUACAUGAUCACUUCAGGGCCAGCGAGAAAAGAUAAUGCCAAAAAGAUCACAAAAUCUCAAAAUCGACCCUGUCACACUCUACGUAAUAGACAGUCAGCGAAGGAAAGGCCGAAAAGCAUCAGGAACGCUCGUCCCCGCACUGCAGAGACCAGAUCACCAGAGAGAAAACAAUCCAGAGGAAUAUCAGCCAGUGUGAAUCAACAGACUGUUGAGAUGAGGCGCAGAAUAUUAGAAUUGGAAAAAGAAGUGGAUCUUUUAAGGAAUGAAAAUAGAUCACUCCGAGAACAAUCUGCAAAACCAAGCCAUGCGAAAAGGUUAUCAGACGAAACCAUUCAUAACAAGAUACAAUCUGGAAUAAAGAAGGAGAAGAGAAUGUACGAGAUGUUGUUAUCAGACAACCAAAGAAAAUUCCAUGAACUGGAAUCAAAACACAGGUACCUUAUGGAGGACAAAGACACGCUACAAUCCAGGAUAAGAAUUUUCGAAAAAGAGAUAGAAAAUCAUAUUAACACACUACAGCAAACAAGGAGGGAACUCUUUGCAGUUAAUGAAAAUAAUAAACAGUUAGCAGAAGAAAACAGACUUCUAAAGAAGGAGAAUCACUCUCUUAAAUCUAGAAUGCAAACUGUCGAGGCGAAAUUAGAAGAAGACUCCGAACACGAGCUCAUCCUUCGGCAACACAUGAGGGAGGAAUAUGAAAAGAAAUUGAACUCACUGGAAAAGGAAAUCUUUUCCAUGAAAACAAGAGUGGAUAAGAAAAAGGAUGUAACCAAAGCUAAAAGUAAACAUGAAUUAGGAAUCGUAACUGAACAUUACCAGACUGUGAUUAAAAAUCUUCAGAGCGACAGGGAGAAGUUACAGAAAGAAAGAGACGCUGCAGUGUUGAGAAUUCAUCAGUACAAGGAAAAAUGGAGUGAAAAAUGUAAACGAGAGGAAAUAAAGAGUCGAGGAAAGAUACAGGUUCUCGAAAGACAAGUCAGAGAAAUGGAAAUGGAGAAGGGUUUCCUCGAAGAGGAGAAACAAUCACUAGAGGACAAAAUUAGCAAGAUGAUGAACAAAAAAGGACAGGAGGCUGAAACGUUGAUGCAUAUUGAAGAUGUUCUACGAAAACAUGACAAUGACCUUGAGAAACAAAUACAGGAAUUACAGCGAGAAAAAGAGGAAAGUAAUGUGGAAAAAGAAAAGCUCCAGACACAAUUACAACAGCAUGAGAAAUACAAAGACAAUAUGCAAACACAGUUGAAAACUACAAGAGAGGUCCUGGAGAAUAGGAUCAGUGAACUUUAUCAAAGAAAUGAACGGCUCCAGACAGAAAAUACAGAAUUAAAACGUUGCACUGAGAAUAAAAAGGGUGAACUGAUAAGGACAAUAACAGAGGUCAUAGGUCAUGAAGAGUCCUCAAAAAGAGAUAAAGAGCAGCGAUUCCAGGAUAUGAUUGAGAGUUUUCAGAAAGAAAAGAAAGGGCUGGAUGAAGAGCUGGACUAUCUUCGUCGUCGAUUAAAUGACAUUGAAGAGGAGAGAGAAAAACUACUCACCAUGAAAGAGACUGCGGCAAAAUCACAGAGAGAAGAAAUUCAAAAAUAUCAAGAGGAGUUAAAAGCUCUUGUCGAGGAAAAGAAUUUAUUAAUCAGAAGAUUUAAAGAUAUGGAAACCAAGAAUAAUAAACUAAAGGAUGAAUCAGAGAACUCGAGAAAACAGAUGGAAACUGAAUAUGAAGAAAUUGUUGAUAAAAUAAGAAAUGAGAACGAUGCUCUGAAACAGGAAAAAGAAUCUCUGGAAGCCAAGGUUGACGAACUGGAAUAUACACUGACUCUUAAAAACAUUGACGAAGAAGAGAGUAAACAAACAGAAAUUGCAAAUUAUCAAAAAACAAUUGGAAACCUGCAGGAAGAAAUUGCCAAAGAAAAACAAAGAUUUCAUGAAAAAGAGAACAAAUGGAAAAUAGCGAGUCAAUCACAAGCAGAAAAAGAAGAGGCACUUAAUAUCAGAAAUGCUAGUUUGGAGAGAACAGUACAGAAGUAUCUCAAAGAAAUUGAAACACUAAAAAAUAGAAUUUUGGAUCACGAACAGGGAAUAGGGCAUUAUCAAAAUCAAAUAGAACACAUACUGCAGGAAAAAGCACUCAUUCAAGCACAGUUAAAAGAAUAUCAAAACAAGAAGGAAAAUGUGUCAAACGAAGAAAUGGUAUUACAUAUUCAAGCAGAAAGCAAAAAAUUAAAAGAGAUCGAAGAACAACUAGAAAGGGAAAACCAAGAACUUAAAUCUGAGAAACAGAUUUGCAUGGUGGAGAAAAAUAACUUGCAGGAAAGGGUUCGGUCUUUGGAAAAUCAGCUGAAAUUAAAAGAGAAUAAAGUAAAUAACUUGACUCAAGACAAAGCACAGCUACUUCAAACAAACGAGGAAAUACAGACGAGACUUAAGGAGAAGCAAAAUGCUGGUGACCAGACCUCUGAAAGUGAACGAAAAAUUGUAGAGGCCAGUAGAUUAAGCGUGGAAGAAGUAGGGACACGGUUCACUGAACUGUAUGAGGAGGAAUUUCUAAAGUCAGUAAGGUCUUUAACCAGCGAUGUAGAACUUUGUCUGGACGAAAGAGACGCCAUUGAGUGUUUACUGAGAAUUUUACAGACAAUUUACAAAGACUGUGGACGAAUCGCAGAAGAACAACUGGACGAUUUACAAAUGGUGAUGGGUAUGGAGGUGGAGAGCGAAGAAAACUUAACAAAAGUCAGACAUAUUAGAAACUAUGUGGCGGUGGACUGUUUAUCUAACAUUUCAAAGAAAAUCAAGCAAGGAUCAUUACAGAAGUCUUACUCAGAAUAUAUAGAACAUUGUGAAAAUUACGCAGAUAAAUCUAUUGAAUUAUGCUGGUUAAUGAAAAACUUAGACCCGCCUGCGUUGCUGGACUUUUCUGUACAACAAGGUGAUAUUUUGGAUGAAGCCAAGUAUAGACUCUUUUCAGAAUCAGGUGAUGGUGUGGAUUAUUUAGUAUGGCCAGCUAUAUUAUAUAAAGGAGACCUUUUGCAGAAAGGGGUUGUAAACGCGAUGGAAAUGGAGUGAUA